UUUUUUUGUAUAGGCUAAAGAAGAAGGAAAAAUUUAAUUAAAUGAAAAUUUAAAUACUAAUACAAUACAACUCUGGGUGUUUGUUUAAUAUAAAAAAAAAAUCUUAAAAAGAGAGAAAACAAAAAAAGAUAAAGAGCCCCCCUAAAAACAAACACAUACACACUUAAAAUUGACAAAAUAAAUUAAUGAAAAAAACAAUUGGAUUACAAACGGGUAUAUUAUAAAUAAAGUGCUUGUGUUUCUAGCUAACGGCCAAGGUUAUUCAGUCCCUUUAACUAAAAUAAAAAUCUAAAACAAUUGUUUAAAAUUAUCAAGUAAAUGUUAAUAAUUAAAUAAAUUUAUCAAUAAACUUAAAUUUUAAUCUGCCAUUCUUACUCUUAACGUAAUAAUUGUUAGUAGAAAAAAUAUUGUAUAUCUUUUGCUUAAGAAGAGCAUAAUGCUUAAUCAAAGCAAAGAGAAAGAGAGCUUGCUAAAAUUUUAACAAGAGCAUUGUUUUGUGUUUCAUAAAAGAGUUUAAGAGAAAGUGUUUUUGAAGAAUAACCAAACAAAGCAUAAUAAAUAUAAAAAAUACGCCAAAAAUAUUAUAUUAAAAAAUACAUAUAUUUUAUUCUAUUUUAACAGAAAUAUUAACAAAAGCUACGUAAUAUAUAUAAAUAUAAAAAAAUAUAUAUAUCUCUCAAGAAAAAAGUGAACAUCUAUGAAAGAAAUUUAAUAGAAUUUAACAAAAAAAUAAGAAAAACAAAAUUAAAAUUUGUGUAAAAAGUGAGUCACGUUUUCAGCAAAAUUUCUGCUGUUGGCUUUUUUUAUUCUCCAAAGCCAGUAGAAAAGAAAAAACAAAAUACGGAAGAAGAAAAAAACACUGCUGGUACUACUUACUCGCUAUACUUGUAUGCCCGGCUGUGUUCCAGUACCAGCAACAAUACACUCAACUACCACCUGCAAAAUCCCCUCCCUCAACAAAAACGUCGUGAACAACGUUAUCAUCAACCUUCAUCAAUAAAUCGAAAAAAAAACAAAAAAUAUUAAAAUUUGUGUAAAAGUGGCAUUAAAACGUUUAUAAAUCAUAAAAACAACAGAUAACAAUAAAUAAAACUAAUCUUUGCAAUGUUAAAUAUCAAAAAACUAAAUUAAAUUUAAAAAGAAACAUAUAUUUUCUUAAAAAUAUCUUAAAAACUUAAAAAACUAAAUCUAAAGUAACCUAUACUUUAUAACAACACCAAUUCUCUAAAGCGAAAAAAAACUCCAACCAGCAAUAUGACAAAAGACAGAUUAGCCGCUUUACAUGCAGCCCAAUCGGAUGAUGAGGAGGCCGAAGAGGUGGCUGUUAAUGUUGACACCACUCAUGACUCCUAUAUGGAUGAUUUCUUUGCCCAGGUCGAAGAAAUACGCAAUAUGAUCGACAAGGUGCAAGAAAACGUUGAGGAGGUUAAGAAAAAACAUUCGGCCAUUCUAUCCGCACCCCAGUCGGAUGAGAAAACCAAACAGGAGUUGGAAGAUCUAAUGGCCGAUAUUAAAAAGAAUGCCAAUCGUGUUAGAGGCAAACUAAAAGGUAUCGAACAGAAUAUUGAACAGGAGGAGCAACAGAAUAAAUCAUCGGCUGAUUUGCGUAUACGUAAAACUCAGCAUUCAACACUGUCACGUAAAUUUGUUGAGGUCAUGACCGAAUACAAUCGUACACAAACCGAUUAUCGUGAACGCUGCAAGGGGAGAAUACAACGUCAAUUGGAGAUUACCGGUCGUGCCACGACAAAUGAAGAAUUAGAGGAUAUGUUGGAGCAGGGCAAUCCGGCUGUAUUUACGCAGGGUAUCAUUAUGGAAACGCAACAGGCUAAACAAACUUUAGCCGAUAUAGAGGCUCGUCACGCUGAUAUUAUGAAAUUGGAGACAUCGAUUAAGGAAUUGCACGACAUGUUCAUGGAUAUGGCUAUGUUGGUGGAGUCACAGGGUGAAAUGAUCGAUCGCAUUGAGUAUCAUGUGGAGCAUGCUAUGGACUAUGUGCAGACUGCAACUCAGGAUACAAAGAAAGCUUUGAAAUAUCAGAGUAAAGCUCGGCGAAAGAAGAUUAUGAUUUUGAUAUGCUUGACUGUGUUGGGUAUCAUAGCUGCUUCAUAUGUUAGCAGUUAUUUCAUCAUAAAUUCGAAAAAAUAGAAAAGGAUUAGUAUGGACAUUAACGACCCCUUACCCAAAAGUAUGCUUGAUAAAUCCACCUACCAACAAAAAAUCAUACUCUAUAUGAUGAGGGCUAAAUGCUGUUGCUGCAGUCUAUCUAGUUUUUAAAUUAUUAAGCUUGUUUUUAUAAUUAUAAUUUAUAUUCAAUUAAUUUAAAAGUAUUGCACUUUUUUGUAUGUAUUUAAUUGUAUGUUUAAUUAAAUAU